AUGGCGGUGUUAGCAGAUAUUCUACCGGUGGUUUCGAGAAGCUCAGCUCUCGCGCUGAAACUCUACGGUAUUGCUGCUGAGUCACCCGGGUCAGCGAAAGAUUUAGUUGGCGUUGCGAAUAGCAUCAAUGGAUUUGCUGCAAUACUGAAGCAGUUGGGGACCAUUAUCAAAGAAGAUGAUCGUCUACCAUCACCUGAGGCUAUCGAUACUCUGGACGACGUCAUCGAUCAAGCCCAAACAUUACUUACCAGCUUUGAAUCGACUUCAUCAACCGAGGAUGAGAAGCAUCGCGAUCAAAGAGACAUUUCCCGCUCUACUCAAAACAUUCGGCCUCAGUUAGAUCCUUCAACCAAGGCUAGUUUGGACUAUCUCACUGCUCACCUGGAAGCCCUGAGCAUGACGCUCUCUGUCCUGCUACAGACGCUCUACGCAGCGCAGACUAUAAUGUGGUCAAAAGUACGUCCUACGGUAUCUCCACAACAAGCCGCCAAACUUGUUGAUAGUGAAAGGAUCCAACUGGAAACGUUAAUUGUUCAACAACAAUUGUCAAUUUUAUCAGCUUCGAACCUCUACGAAAACUUGUCUCAAUCUGAUGCGCGCCUGUUGUUGAUGGAAGGAGACAGUUCUCAGAGUUUGGUCAUCACUGGGCGGGGCGAAGCCCCUAGGUCAUCUACCCUACGUUCGUAUCAGGAUGAAGAUUUGACAAGUCUCGACACAUCAAUAUAUACUGAAGCGAACGGAUUACCAGCAGUUCUUACUGCAUCGGCUUCACGUGUCGAACGCUUGUUGCAGCGAUGGACGAGCCUCCCUCUAUUUGAACGCCGCUUACAAGACGAAGAACGCGAAAGGCAGAGGCAAAGAUGGGAAACUCAACAAGCCACUGUGGAAUCUGAUAGCGAAGAGGAAAGUCGCACGUCAAAGCUGUCAGGCGACGGUGCUCGCCGAACGCACAGGUCAGGAAGCAUAGAGCCACUAUUUACUGAGGUCAAUGGCACGCCCAGUCCGCCACAGGAGAAGCAGUACGGUCCCACCACGCCGCCAACACCCAUCGCUACACCACGUACGUCACGAACAGGUAUGCCACCAGCUACCAAUGAACAGUACCCAAUUGCAUCACCCCGAUCGAGUUUGGGAAGUUUGCCGGUCGAGGCGGCCGCCGCGGUAGAAGCCAAAGAGGAAGACAGCGAAGCCGAUCUAGAAAUUCCGUGGAAGUUGUGUACGCGUAAAUACUACUGGCGAUUUGUUGAUGCUAAAAUGGUCAGCUCAAACACUGACCAGGCAUACUCUCUGGCGUAUUUGGAGCGUAGCAGCUGGACUGAGAUUAUGGCGAGUUGGGUAUGCAAGGAAGCAAUCAGAGAGGCGGGUUUCAGAUAUACAUCCUACCAAAAGGAGCGGAAGGACAACAGGAGGAUAAGGGGCGAAACGUGUUUCUGUAUUGAACGGCCACUACAGUUCGAACAGGUCAAGCGUCUUGUCGAACGGACAGUUGACAUAUACCGAAAGGCAGCAGCACCUUCUCCACCUCAGCAGCCACAAGUUAGGAGAUCUUCUUUCAAUCGUCCCCCACCGCCACAUGGUAUUCUGAAAGGAGGCGCGUUCGAUCGGAACCGAACACCAGUGCCUCGGAGCACACACCCCCCGCUUGACCGCUCGAUCACCUCAAAUCACCUCCCGCCACCACCUGGGCCACCCCCACUAGAUCGAUCACUCUCAAUGCCUGGACCCGGGCUCAUUCCACCACCACCCCAGUCAAACGUCAACUCUCGGACUCCAAACCUCCAGAUACCAAUGUCAAAUCAGUACGCCCCUCAGCAACCGCCACUUCCUCAGUCUCCACGACUGCCUCAAUACCCACCACAAACCAACGGCUACCCACCACAAAUGAUGAACACAACAGCAACACCUCAAUACUUCCCACCACCACCAGCCAAUGUCCCUUUCACAAACCCACCUUUACCCUCACAUUCACAGCCUCAAAACCAGAAUUACUCCAUACAAGCGUCUCCUCUCCGCCAAUCCUACAUGCGUCCAAGCAACCGACGGUACGACGAUGACUUCACGACAUCUGAGUCUGAAUUCGAACGCCCUAGACGACGUAGGUCAAAGUCGAGGAGUAGAAUGUAUGAGAAAGAGCGGGAAAGGGAGAGAGACAAGUAUGGAAAGAAGAGUCAUACAGGAAGGAAGGCGGCGGCGGGCGCCCUGUUGGGUGUUGGUGGGCUGACGGCGUUGUUGGAUGGACUGAGUGGGCUGUAA